AUGUACGCUACUACCCGUGGCGGUUUUAAGAAUUUGCUGCAUCCUUACUAUAUCGUGAAUAUUAUAUUGAGCCUCCUCUACGUUUUGACAAAGAAGUUACCCUAUACCUGUGGCCUACUUUACGAGCAAUGUGAAAUCGAAUUGCAAGAAUAUGAAAUCCUAAUUUUUCUCGCUGCCUUUAUAACGAUGCGCAAUAAAAGACAGUUUUCGGUCCCCGAUUACGUCGCCCAUUUUUGUAUGUUCGCUAAACUCUGUAAUCUCUUCAUGUUUUGGCGCCACAGCCUCACCUACGCAACCGUAUAUGGGGUGCUGUGGCUCUUCCAGGCAUACUUCCUUUUCCAGCCCGUCUACAGUGGUCCUGAAUCAGUGUGCUACUUCCACGAGUCCAACUUUGCCGAAGUAGUAGAACGUGGCGAUCCCCGAGUGACUUGGGUCGUGGCUUUCUACACAGUAUGGUCACCGGGUUGUAUCGCGCUGGCUCCGAUCUUCUCGGAACUCUCUCAUGCCUAUUCGGGUUACACAACCCUGCGCUUCGGCAAGGUGGAUGUGGCGCGGUGUUCUGCUCUUGCACGUCAAGUGGGUGUGGACACAUCCACAUGGUCUAAGCAGCUGCCUACUAUCAUUGUUUUUCGCGGUGGUCGUGAGAUUGACCGCCGACCGGGUCUCAGCUCAAAGACAAAGAAGGUAGUGAAAUUCACUUUUACUUGGGAGAACAUAGUCGCCGCCUUCUCCCUCAAUGAUCUCUAUGCGCAGUGCAAACAGCAAGAAGCGCAGAUAAGGCGCUCCAAGGCGGGUUUGGAAAAAGCAAAAGCUGCAGUGGAUGGCAAAAAGGAUAAAUGA